AUGGUAGAAAACCAUCAUGUCCGGGUAAUCAACACAAUUCAUGGUCGUCCGGAUGAAGACGAGCAAUCAGGAAAUUCCUACAGAAUCCAGCUCAAACAAGUCCAUAAGCUACAAAGGAUUGGUGAAAUCAACACUGUUGAUUACAAACCCAAUCUUGCACAAGUUUCUUUUCAUAAAGGAGAUCUCAGAAGGGUACAGCACCCGCACAAAGACCCAUUAGUAGUUAGCCUACUAGUGACCAAUUGCCUAGUCAGACGUGUAUUGAUUGAUCCCGGCAGUAGUACCAAUAUCAUAACAAAGUGGACAUUUGAUCAGUUAAAAUUGGCCACGAAUCAGAUUCACCCCACUAGAAGCCCAUUGGUGGGAUUCGAUGGACGAAGAGUGGAACACACAGGUGUAAUCACACUGUCAGUCAUUGCUACCAAAAGAUCUCUGAAAGAGAACUUCGUGAUUGUGGAUAUUCAUCCUACGUACAAUUUGCUAAUGGACCGAGGACGGAUUCACCGUAUGGAAGGAGUCCCAUCAACCCUACACCAAGUCAUGAGAUGCGUGAGCCCAAACGAGAGGGAGGAACAGGAAGAAGAGCAUCCUACAGAGGAACCCCUAGAAGCCGUGCAGAUAGUCGCAGGGGACGAGCACAAGCUGACCUACAUAGGGACUCUCCAAUCAGUUCAGGAAAAAGAGGAACUGACAGAAAUCCUGAGGCGGAAUGCCGACAUCUUCACUUAG